AUGGGCGCCCAGUUUUCGCAGUUCUUCCCUCCCAGCCCGACCUGGACUGACGCAGACGUGGGUUCACAGGAUGGAAAGGUGUUCAUCGUGACAGGAGGCGCGUCAGGCAUUGGCUUCGAAGUAGCUAAGAUGCUGUACCGAAAGGGAGGAAAGGUUUACAUUGCCGGACGCUCCGAGGAAAAGGCACAAAAGGCAAUCAAGGAGAUUCAGACAACAGUGUCGGAAGGUGGCAGCCUCGAGUUUCUCCAUCUUGUGCUUGACGACCUAAGCACCAUCAAAGCAUCCGUCGAAGCGUUCAAAGAAAAAGAAUUCAAACUCGACGUUCUCUGGAAUAAUGCUGGUGUCUCCCAGCCUCCUCUGGGGAGCCUAUCCAAACAAGGAACUGAGCUACAGCUUGCAACUAACUGCCUGGGACCGUUCCUCUUCACGCAACUUCUUCUUCCACUACUCGAAGCCGCUGCUGAAACAUCUAGCCCGGGCUCAGUGCGUGUUAUCUGGCUAGGUAGUCAGAUCGUUGAACUGUCUGCCCCCCAAGGAGGCAUCGUCAUGUCAGAAUUGACUUCCCCACCACAAGAUCAGACUCGCACCUACAUCACCUCGAAGGCGGGAAACAUGUUCCUAGCAUCAGAGCUUGCCCGUCGGGUCGGCCAAUCCCAUAACAUCGUCAGUGUCUCCCUCAACCCAGGUGCAGCCAAUACCAAUCUCCUUAGAUACAGCCCGUGGAUGAAAUUUCUAGCAAGGCCGCUCUUGUAUAAGCCUGAAUUAGCUGCCACGACUGAGCUAUUUGCCGGACUGUCAGCAGAGGUCACCCUGGAGGAGAAUGGGUGCUAUAUCAUCCCCUGGGGUCGGAUUUCCAGAACGCUGAGACAGGAUCUUGCCGCCGCGUCGAAGUUGACGGAGGAUGGUGGAACGGGCAGGGCAAAGGAGUUCUGGGAGUUCUGUGAGAACAAAACCAGAGACUAUAUGUAG